AUGGCCUCCGCCGGAAUUAGUCUCUUCAAAUCCUCCGACGGAUACAUUGUAUCUGUCUCCUUGCUCUCAUCCUCUGACGGAUCAACGAUUGGUACGGGGACUGAAUCAGUCUCCUCGUCGUCAUCCCUUCUCGACACCGUGAAAUCCCUGCUCCGCCAAUGGCAUAAAUCCAAAGUGAAGGCGUACCUAGUCUCUGUACCCUCCGCUUUCCCGGAGGAUGAGUAUUACGACGUCCUCAACGCAAUUACUGAAGGAACAUCUCACUACUACUACGAUGUCGACGCGCCAGAACCCGAGACCACCUUAGCGCAAGACGACCCCUCGCUUUAUAUUACACAUGGCGAGGCAUACUGCGCCACCCUCCCCCACAACACACCAACGCCCACCAUUUUAUUCCUCGAUUUCUACCCCGACCGCCUCUCCUCCGAAUGUCUGUCAAGUUCUUUCGACAACGGCGAACGCCAGACGAAAACCAUCUACACACUUACCUCCCCUUUUGCUCAAGGCAUCCCAGAUGAAGCUGCGCUUAAAUCGGUGAUGAUCGUUGAUCCCAAAUACCCAUUCGAACGGGUUGUGCUAAACAAUCCACCACCUCGACACCUUCCUACCAUACGCACCUUCCUCGAAACACAUUAUCCCGGUACACCGAUUACUAGUAACACGCCCGAAGUUAUCUCUGCUUCCACCGCUACCCGCCUUUACACAAGGUUAAAUCUACCGCCACAACCGAGGAGGCUAGGACAAUACAUCGUCCCACUUCCUGUCAGCGUCACUUCAUCUUCUGGGAGCGCAAUUACCCUCGUACCCCCUCGAUAUCGGAUUCCAACUAACGAAAGUAUCGUUCUCACAACAUCAAAGGAUAAUCAACGUUCGGUGACCGUGCACCUUCUCCUUGGUAACCAUCCCCUCGCCAAGGAUAAUACGGUGCGAGGAUCAGCCUUUUUAGACGGAUUGAAGGCAUUGCUGAAGGGUGAAGCGCGGAUUAGGGUAUCUUUUGGGGUUUGUAUUGUUGAGGGUUGGCGGGAUGCGGCAGCGGUUACGAUUGAGCAGGUGGAUUGUGAGGAUGGGGUGAAGAAGACGUUUUUAUUCCCAAAGUUCUUCGCUGACCUGACGGAUGAGGAUGAUCGGUAUGAGCUCGUCGAGCGAGGGGUGAAAGUUGAAUAUAGUAUCACCAUCUCGAUGCACGAAUAUUCUGCCAAGCAGAGACAAGUUGGCCUGUCUUCUGGAUUCUCCUUGCACAUAUCUUUCACGAGACGUCGCAUGAAAUCAAAUCCUUUUCUGAAAGACAGAGGUUAUGAGUUUCAAUGGGCCCGGGCGACGAGAAAUCGACAUAUGCACGUCCAGGAAAACGGACUGGAUCAGGUGCCCUCAGAUACAGUAGACAUCAACGGCAAAUGGAUCGCAAAGUUUGUCCUUCUUAAAUUCUGGAAUUGUCCCAGGUGUUCUUCAGGUGGCGCUGACAGGUCAUAUUUCUUUGCGACGCCAAAAUCUAUGAAAUGGUACUUCACAGGCGCCAAAGUGCGAGUGUCUCUGUAUAAAUGUGAAAUUUCCAUCUCACUCGGAAAAAUGAAACCCACCGAUGUGCUACGCCGUUGGCAUGUCAAGAAUGGUGGUAGGGAUGCAGUGACUCGAGUAUUAAAAUGCGUGAGCGAAAAUAUUCUCAAAAAGUUCUUACCCCCUCACGAUGACACCAUCUUCACAAUCACAAUAAUGCAAACUCUUGUCGCUGACUCAAGAGGCUUUCCAAUCAGGCAGAUAGCGUGGUCUAAGGAGGUUUUCACACUCUUUCAACCAAGCGCUUUUGUUUAG